UUCAGCUCUGUUUGGCUUUAGUUUGUCGCCUUUUGUUGAUCGUGGCGGACGUAUUUCGAGUGCUCACAUUGAAGGAUAUUUAAUGUGUGAAUUCAAGUAAACAAAAGGAAAUUACAUGAGAAUUUCAUCUAUUUUCACAUCAGUUCAAAAUGUCGAAUUUCGAGUAUUAUCUACAAGAUAUUGCGUCUGAUAUUUGCUGUCCAAAUGAUCCCGUUGAUAAUAGCGACUUUGUAGAUGUCAAGGAUUAUGUGCUAGACAUAAUGCGCAUGGAGGACUCUUACUUUCGGUAUAUAUGCCAAAACGAUAUACUCUUCGGAAGUGCUGCUCAUAAUGUACGUCUCUAUAAUGACGAUGAGUUCGAUGUGCUGAUGGAAUUGCGUUUUCCGGCCCACAAUCGCAUAAAGCAAGUGGACUUGAAGGAUCGUCCCGGUUUCAUGUAUUUGGAUUUCUCAAACGCUUGCUUUGAUACUAUGGUGACCAAUACAUUGACUAGCAAAGUUCAAAAAUUAAUGAGUCAAUCCAGUCUUAAGAGCUGGUUGGAUAGCACUUUCAGGGCUGCAUUGAAAAACUAUGGAAAUAUAUUCGAUACUGGCUACGAGCGUUAUACGCUAAGAUAUAUCUGGCGUGGAAUUACUUACACCAUCUAUGCCAAGUCGCCGUCUCGCUCUUUUUCCAUAGACUUUGUGCCGGCCGUAAAGAUUGUACGGAAUUCACACAAUGCCAACACCUGGCAUGCAAUUCCAAAGCAAAGGGCCGGACCCGGCAACACGCCCAACUUUACUUUCAUGCUAAGCAAUUCCCAGGGUGAACUACAGCAUGUUAGUCGCUGCGGUCAAACGAUGAGAGAUGCCCUCCGACUUUUGCAGGCUCUUCGCAAUUCCAAAGAUCUUCCCAAGUUACGCUGCUACCAUAUGGUCACCGUGGCCAUUUGGAUGGCCCGACGAAUUGGUCACUCCACUAUCUCCAAUAUGUUCGUCAGCGAUGCUUUUCUAAUGUUGCUCUCGGACCUGUGCGAUGCAUUUAUCGACGGUCAUCUGUCGCACGUCUGGGACUCUCGAAUGAAUCUGCUCGGCGACUUGAAGCCAGCGGAGAUGUCGCGUUAUACCGACGUCCUCUGCUCUGCCUACAACACUCUAAAGUCGUAUCCGCAUCAGUCAUCCCUCAGCUUUGAACGGUGUCAAGGACACUUUCAAUAGAUUUUUUUAAGUAAUUCCCAUAUGUAAAAUACAUAUAUAUCAACUUUUUA